CCAACAAGUCCGCAGGAGAGAGACCACCCGUGCUCGCCGUCUCGACCUCCCGCCCGCCAUGGAGAGACGACCAUCCCCGUCAACGCCUCUUCUAGCCGUCGUGCUUCUCCUGCUCGCCCCGCUACUCCUAGCACGAGAGCUCGGUGCCGAUGCGUGUGGCUCGUACGAGCAGCACGUCCGCUCGCCGUUGACGUUACCAGCAACAGCAAGCGACGGCGAUGGCGCGGUGGUCCCUCCGGAGCUCGGCGCGCUGCUGCCCGGCGUGAGCAGGCCGGGAGGACGCGCGCCGCCGGCGCCCAAGCCUAGUUACGGGCCGCAGCCGCUGCGCGAGCCAUCGUCACCGCACGGCCUGGGCUCGCCCCGUGGCGUGUCCGGGAGGCAGGGGCUCGCGCCGCCGUCGCCCGAGGGAAAGGCGCCGCCCCACUACCGCCGCUCGGGGCCGGCCGCCGCGGACGUGCUCGACGCGCUCCGCGUGUUCCGGGACGCCCUCGUCCGGUACGUGGUCGGUGCCCUCGUCCGGUGAUCUUGUCUGCACGCGGGCGGUGUGCCGGAGCGAGCGAGGCACGUGUGUGCGUGGCAGGACUCAGGAGUCAGGAGCUUCUUGUGGAUCGCAUAGGUUCCAACAAGUUUGUAACGUGCCAGUACGGUAGUGGUGUUUGCAAGUGGUAUCCUUGACUUUGUAAUAAGACUAUAGAGAACCCCCUAAGUUUUUG